AUGCACGCCCGCCUCUCAGCCACCCUCGGCGUUGUGGCCCUGGCCUUGCUUGUGACCCUGAACGGCGCUGCUGCUCAGGAACAGAAGUACAUCUCGGGCUACAUCCUGCUCAACGGCGCUCGCAAUGGCCGCGUUCUUGGCCUCGAGGGCAGCAAGACGCUGGAGCGCGCUGGCCUGAAUGUGUCCAACUCAGGUGAUUUCGGUUACGCUCAGCUUGAGGAUUCCAUCCUCAAGCUCCGCCAGGCUGGUGUCGAGGUGUUCCUCUCCAUGGGCGGCUGGAACUACAACUGCUACCCCUACAUGUACAUGCGCUAUUCCGUUGGCGGCUACGGCCCCAAUACUCCCAACUACUGGAAAAUCAACAAGUUUGGCAGCGGCUCUUUGGAUGGCUGCAAGAGCGACACCCAAUACUGCUACGUGUGCGAACCUCCGUCCGAGAACACGACACUCUUAAGCUUUUCGAUUUUCCCCGAGGUCAACCACUCGAGCGUGUGGCAGCAGGCCAUCCAAUACGUCACAAGCACGACGCAGAAUGUGACACCCGAAUGGCACCCAGAGCUAUCUCCAGGCUCAACUUUUGUUGACUCCAAGACAGGCAUUGCGGUUUACAAGUACACGGCCAUUGCCAAGACGCUCAUGAUCCACAUCAGCAACAUCAAGCCGGAUCUCAAGCUCUCAACGGCUGCGUCGGCGGUCGGUGCCUGGUCGACUGCCUGGUGGGGUGGCAACCUCAAGGGCGUGUGGUACUGGGCCAAGCAGUGGUUCCCCGACGUGAUUGACUUUAUGAGCACCGGUCCCAACGCAGGCGGCAUCAACGUGAUGACUUACGAUCUGUCAGACAACCCUCAAUUCCACGAGUGCCCCCAAGACAACGUGUGCACUCUGAGCCAACAGGUGCAAUUCUACAUGCAGACUUACUCGCAGGCCCAGAUUCCGGCUUUUGUGGGCUACGAAGUUGGCACCCCAGCGUGCAGCGUGGAAGAUCUGCGCUCGAUCUUGAGCCAUUUUGACCGACGCCUAGAAGUUGACCAACGCGAUGGCACUGGCUACGGCGCGAUUCACUAUGCAGCUUCGGCUGGCCAAGCAGAGGCCCUCGCCGUUCUCCUGGAGUUUGGCGGUGAUGUGAACCUUCUCAAUACACAAAAGGGUCAGACGCCGUUGCACUGUGCCUGUAACAGCUGCCACCUGAACGUGGUGAAAGAAAUCUUAAAGCAUCGUGAGGUGGCCCCUGCCAUUGCCCGGCUCCUCGUCGAGGCUGAGAUCGUCAGCCUGCUAUGCCAGGCUGGGGCAACGAUUCCCGACGGCAUGGUUGCCAAGAACUCUCCACCGCCGCCCAUCCUUCUUGCAGCUCAUCACGGCCACGCAGGGGCCGUACAGGCACUCUUGACAGCUGGCGCCCACCCCGAUGCAACCGACCUUCGCGGCCAUCGUGCGUUGCACAAGGCCGCGCGGGCCGGACACGUCCCGUGCGUUGAGGUACUUCUUCGUGGCAAGGCCAACCCGAACGCGACGGAUAAGAACAACAACACACCGCUGACUUACGCCUCAGACAUGGGACAUCCCGGGAUCUGUUCCCGACUGUUGCGCGCCGGAGCGCAAAUCUCCAUCGCCUCCACAGCAUCUCAAGGAAAUCCACUGCAUGCCGCAGCGCGCAAUAAACGCAACAAGGUUGUUCAAGUUCUGGUGCAAGAGGCUAGCCGCGAUGACUUGGACAUUAACGCCGCCGACAAGAAUGGGUACACGGCGCUGCAUCUCGCAGCCCUCAACGGUGACGUGGCUACCUCUCGCGUGCUCGUGCAGCACGGUGCCGAUACGACCCGACGCAACAAACGCGGCCGCACCCCAUCCCAGGAAGCCCAGCAUGCCAAACACGUGCAGCUUGCCAAUUUACUUGGAGAUGCGGCUCGUCUGCUGGACGAGCCUGUCUUGGGGGCGUCGACACCCACGCCUGCGCAGCUCCCUCGCACAUCAUCUCAGCGUCUGCCCCAGCGCCGUUCUGUCCGCCACUCCGCCAGCGCAACCCAGGCAAGACCAG